UUUUCAAGAUGGAGGACAACAUGCUUGAACUUGAAGAAGGACAUUUGAUUUCCUUAAACGACGGAGUCGUUCUAAGGAAAGGUGCGUCUUUGAAGUAUGUCAAAGCACGGCCUGGAAAAAAAGAGCGCAUGGGAAACUUUAGCUUCUAUCUUGAUAGCAUGAUUGGCAAACCGUACGGCUCAACAUUUGAGGUCCAACGCAACCAACUUUUUGAAACAAAUCCGCUCAAUUUUGAAAACGACGAAGCAGACUUUGAUAAAGAUGAGCAAACUCGUGAUAACAGAGAAAUUCUGGAUAAUUCGGACUCACAGAAGCUUAGCAAGGAUGACAUAAUGAAACUUAAGGAGGGUGGAACCGACAGCCAAGAAAUUAUAGAGAAGAUUGUAGAAAGCAGUUCAACUUUCAAAGAUAAAACCUCAUAUUCACAAGCCAAAUAUUUAAAGAAAAAGAAAAAAAAGCACUUGGCAUACUUCAUAACUUACAAACCCACAGCUCGACUGUUGUCUCAGUUGUAUUUCACAAAAGCAGCUUCAAAGAUCCUAGAAAUCAGACCUGACACACUGGCACAAAUUUUAGCUUGGGCAAACAUACAUUUUGGGUCCAAUGUUCUAGUUUCUGAAACUUGUCAAGGCAUGGUCAUAGGGUCAAUUCUAGAGCGUAUUGGAGAAGAUGGUCAGAUUGUGCAAGCCUACAAUGGAAACUGUCCUGUGAGGAUAAUUCUAGACCAGUUUAGCUUCAAAGAAGAGAGAAAGAACAAGCAAAUAUGUGGAUUUUCUUUUGAGAGUAUUGAGGAAAUAAAAGAUGAGCUUGAUGGCAAAUGCUUUGCCCAGAGUGAAAAUAAGCAACAUGAGUUCAGUGCAGCAGAAUCAAAUGAAGAGAAAGGAAACAGCAACAACAUAAGUUCAAACAGCGAUAAUAGCUUGUCAAAUGAACUUAAGGAGUGUAAUCAGAAACUUGGCAAUGAAACAAUAAAUCCUUCUUUAGCAGAAGAUUCAGUUGAUAAAGAUAGUGAUAUGGCAGAUCAAUGCGAUACAUUGUUGACACAAGAUGAUGAAAGUAUACCUUGUAAUAAGCGGUUUACCAAGGAAAAGAGAAUCGAAGAAGAGAUUCGUGCAAAAGAGUAUCUGAAAAGCAAAAAUUUAGAUGCACUUAUCGUUGCAACAAAGUUUCAUCCAUUGGCAAUUCUUCUUGAGCUGAUGGAGUUUAUAAAACCAUCUUCUCCCAUUGUUGUCUAUUGCCAAUACAAGGAGCCACUGAUGGAGUGCUAUCGCUACUUGAGAGAUGCUUCGCUAGCCAUCAAUGUAAAUCUAACAGAAACAUGGUUGCGAGAGUUACAGGUGCUACCAAAUAGAACACACCCAGGCAUUACAAUGAGUGCCAGAAGUGGAUAUUUAUUGAGAGCACUGAAGAUACAGGGACCUGAUGUUAAAGAAACUUAUGACUGUGAACCAAAACAAAAAAUUUUAAAACAUGAUUGAUUUCUUUGUACCAUAUGUAUAUCAUUCAAUCAUCAGAAGACUUUUCACUACUGAAGUUUCCUGCAAUCACUGACAUGAUAUUAUUGUUGAUUUGUUUUGUAGCUUCUUUAACCCUGAAAUGGGUUCUUGAACCCGACUCUGAUAAGCCCCUGAAUUGCUGGCCAUCCUCAAAUUAGCCCCCACCUUGGAAAUAAAAAUUAUUGGUAAGCUACCACUUUUUACUAAGCAUCCUCCCUGACAUGCCAGUUUCUACAAUUCAUAACUUUAGUCUAUGACAAAUUCCAUAUUCAAUGGAAAAUGACAACAUAGAAAUAACAAAGCUUUUCACAAUUUUGUUGUUGUCACUAUGACUUUAAACAUCUUCAUUUAUGGGCAACAUGUUUCAUUUUUCAUUAUGAAUUAAAACAAGUGAGAUUGUUUUAGUAUUAGCAUUUUUAUGCAGAAAAGGAUUUAGGCCCUUCAUUCACCCUCAUUUAUGUCACCUCCCUUAAAUGAGCAACCAUCCAAACCAGGAGGCUAAUUUGUGGAUUAAAUCCUGAUAUUCGUGUGGGUAAUGAGUAUGUGUAACUUGUUCCUUUAAACAUUAGCGUUUGUAUAAAGGCAACAUUGCAAAAUUUGCAAACCAUUAUCUAUCACCCAAUGUAUAUUCCAUAAAUAUCUAGACAGUGGAAAACUUAAGCUUAGUUUCAAAAGGAGAUUAUUAGAUAAUGAAGUUAAUAUCAAGAUGAUUAUUCACAAAUUUCAGUUGAUUUGGAAAAUAUUCUGUAGGGAUUUUGAUGACCUUUAAUGUUGCAUUUAAACUUUCCAACAGUUAUGGACAGUAUAGAUUUAAGUACAGCUCUGACAAAAGUUGUGUUCUAGAAUUGUGUCUUAGAAAGCCACGUUCUAUAGUAGGCAAUUCUUUCUAAAGAAGGCCUGAAAAAUAAUUUUUACCAGUUUCU